GGUCUGGUUCUGAUCAGGACCACAUCAAGAUGAACAAGUUCUGACUCUCAGAACAACAGGAAAGUCCAUGAACUCAGUGAAGACCAGUGAAGAAGACACAAAGUGUCCCGGUCUGAAAGAAGACACAAAGUGUCCCAGUCCAAAGAAGACCCAAAGUGUCCCGGUCCAAAGAAGACCCAAAGUGUCCCAGUCCAAAGAAGACCCAAAGUGUCCCAGUCCAAAGAAGACCCAAAGUGUCCCAGUCCAAAGAAGACCCAAAGUGUCCCAGUCCAAAGAAGACCCAAAGUGUCCCAGUCCAAAGAAGACCCAAAGUGUCCCAGUCCAAAGAAGACCCAAAGUGUCCCAGUCCAAAGAAGACCCAAAGUGUCCCAGUCCAAAGAAGACCCAAAGUGUCUCGGUCUGAAAGAAGACCCAGGAACAUACCAUGAACAUCUAGACCAAGCCGCCCAAAAACAAGUUGAGUAAAACUUCAGCUACUUCCUGUGAGUUUGUAAAAUGUAAAAAACUUCAAAAUAAAAG